AUGGGUGAAGGACUCUUACUUGGGUUCAUCUGGAGAUGCCAGUGCACAGUGCUGACAAGGCCAGGUUUGCCUUCCAGCACUACUGACUGGCUCCAGGGAAAGGAGGGCAAGGCCCAAAUGCUGGUACUGGUUACAUUCGGGGGUGUGGCUGUGGUCUUCACGGAUGUGGAAUGGAAGAGACUGAGCUCUGAGCAGAGGAGCAUCUACAAAGAAGUGAUGCUGGAGAAUUACGAGAGCCUGCUCUCAUUGGCAGAACCAAAGCCAGAAAUCUAUCCCUGUGCCUCCUGCCUUCUGGCUUUCUUCUGUCAGCAAGUCCUCAAGCCAACAUGUGCUUCAGAUCUUCUUGGGCUUAUGUGUGGAGUAAAAAUGUAG